AUGUCUGACUCUUCUGGUACUGGUAUUGGACCGAUCGAGCUGCCUUUCGAACGCUCGAUCUGGUUUGGGAACAGCCUCAGCCUCAUUCUCUAUGGCGUCGAAUGUACCCUCUAUUUCUACUCUUGCUAUCUCAUCUGGAAGUUACCACCUACACAACGACGACGCCGAAAGUUCUACAUCAUCUAUGGCGGUGUUCUUCUCAUCCUCCUCUCAUUCGCUAUGGGCUGCGAUGUUCUCAUCGGACAGAUGAUGUGGAUCGAACACAGAGACUAUCCAGGAGGCCCUUUCACCUAUUUCGUCGACCAUACCACCAUCUGGUUCAACACACUCGGUAGCGCAGCAGAUUCCGCAGGCAACUGUUUGGCCGAUGCAUUGUUGCUUUACAGAGCCUACAUGAUCUGGGAAUGUCGCCUCUGGAUAAUCGCCGUCCCCUUCCUGCUCUGGCUCGCAGCCACAGUCUUCAAUAUCCUCACCGUCGUCGAAUCCGCACUCCCAGGGAACUUCCUCCUCGACUCCUUCGUCGCAGGUUUCGGUGUCCCAUGGAUCGCGCUCACCGUUUCCCUCAACGUCAUCCUCACGUCUCUCAUAUGUUUCCGUUUGUACACGAUGAGGAAGCAGGUGCUCGUGGCGCCAGGUUUGGCGGCGGAUAUGGGAAAGACGUAUACGGGUUUGAUGGCGAUUUUGGUGGAGAGCGCAUUGCCGUUCACUGUGCUUGGGAUCGGGUUCUUGGUCACGUAUGCAUUGGAUGAUCCGACGGAUUUGGCAUGGGGCUUUAUUUGGGGGAAUUUCACGGCUAUCUCCCCGCAAAUGAUCAUCCUCCGUAUCGCAAUGGGUCAAGGCUGGACAAGAGGCACCGCCGCCCAAUUCACCACGACCAUGUCCUUCGCGCAUCCCGACGACGAGUCACACGUCCAGCCACCACGAUCACGGCUUAGGAACCCCAUGCGACGCAGUCAGCGCGAGACAGUGGAAACCGGUACGGGGAUUUCCUGGGCAAUAAGUGGUGGGCAGACGCAGACCACGGAUCCGACAAGUACGUGGUCGGGGGAUGUGGGAAGCGAUGGGAGGGGGACGACAGCGGUGGAUAGCGGGACUGUGGCGAAGUCAAAGAGAUCGGAGAGGAGUCUGGGGACUGAAGGGGAUGAGAAGGACAUGGAGGAGAAGUCGGAUUAUUCUGCGUCGCGCUCGGGGGGUGGGUCGGCGAAUAUGGCGUAG